UGCAUGGGAGGAGAGUGUCUUCUACAAAGCGCAAGCAGUAAUUACAGUUAUGACCCUUGGAGCUUUUCUGUGUUCUGGCCAAUGGAUUUUCUCAUCUCACCGAGGAUGAGCAUUUGCUCACUAACCGCAGCAAAAUACCUCGAAAAACUGGAAGAAACCUGGUUAUGAAAACAUCUAACCAACGAUGUUCUGAUAAAAAUAAAAUGUGAAAUGCAGUUCUGGAUUAAUGCCUUAUUUUCAUACUUCUCUUCCCUCUAUCACGUUUUCCUCCGCAAGAAAUGGAAGAAUGCAUCUUAAAAGGUUUGCUUUACAGCUAAGGAAAUGCUAUCUAGUAUAAUGACACCAGCUACUGAGCAGAAGUUGAUGCCUCCACGCUUAUUAAUUACUUGCAGUAAGUACUGCAAACUUUUCCGUCAUUAAUGUGCUGUGGAACAUAGUCAGGAGAAAGCAUUGUCCUUGCAGCAACCAUUCCUGCCGUUUGCAAAGGGCUUUUGCACCCCCUGGUGCUCUCGUGUUUGUCUUGUAGAUUGUCUUCCUUGUCUCUCUAGUUGCUCAUUAUUCAGAGAGAGAGAGAGAGAGACGGAUCUCAGGUCAUCUGCAGCUGCAGCAGCAAGGAGAAGCAGGAAAGAUGGCGAUCCUCCACUAGAUCAGUCAGACACAUGAGACAAACAACUUAAGAAGACCGCCAGCAACGGGGGCUCUCUAGUCACUCCUGACUGUUUUAAAAAAUGGAGGCACUCCAAUGUGAUGGUUGUGAUUUUCGGGCACCUUGUUACGAAGAUCUUAAGGCCCAUAUUCAGGAUGUCCAUACGGCUUUCUUGCAACCUACGGAUGUUGCAGAAGAAAAUAAUGUUAGCCAACCUAGACCACUCACUACAAAUUCUAGUAGCCAAGUGGAGGCUGGAUUUCCUCCUGUGAAAGAUGAAUUUGAACCUGCAGAGGAGAUGCCGGAGCAAACACCAGUUUUUUCUCCAUCAGAGCAAAGAGCAGUACAGACUGAAUCUGGACAUUAUUAUGGACAUAAUCCAAUGUUUUCCAGUCCACAUACCUCUCCGAAUCCUAAGCCUACCAAUAAGUUUUUCCAGUGCAAAUUUUGUAUCCGUUACUUCAGAUCUAAAAGUCUUCUCAUAGAACAUACAAGGAAGGUACAUGGUGGACAUACCGGAAGCUCUUUGUUGAGUGGAGGACAUUUAUCCACAGGCCCUGCUCCUGGUUCUGUUAACUAUAAUGUUUUUCUGCAUGAUGGGUUUGGGAAAGUGUUUUCAUGUCAGUUUUGUACAUACAAAUCUCCGAGACGUGCACGAAUAAUUAAACAUCAGAAGAUGUAUCAUAAAAGUAGCCUGAAAGAAACCUGUGUGCCUGCAUCUGAUUGUGAGCCUCUAGCCAUGACAGCACCACUACAAGAGACUUGUAAAGAAUUGCCUGCAGAAGUGGUGGAGAGAAGCAUCUUAGAAUCUAUGGUGAAGCCUUUAACAAAAUCAAGAGGUAACUUCUGCUGUGAAUGGUGUGGUUAUCAGACUCCAAGAAGGGAGCGGUGGUGUGAUCAUAUGAUGAAGAAACACAGAAAUAUGGUUAAGAUCAUGUCUUCUCUAAGGCAACAACAAGAUGGAGCACAUAUACCCGAACUGCAUUCACAGACGAAAAGCAUGCAGCAUUCAACACCAAACUCUAGCUAUUUAUCGAUGAACAUUUCAAACCGGGAGAUGGUCCAUGCUAACAUGUCGAACUUUAGAAGUAGCCCAGUUAGCUCUCAUAUGAAGCCCAGUCCUCCACCACCUCCUCCUCCUCCCCCUCCGCUGCCCCCUCCCCCCUCAGCACCUAGAUUUAAUCCUUAUUCUUACCCUCCAGUAAAACCCAAACCUCUCCAUAGUACUAGUUUACAGACAAUGGACAGAUCACCUUACAGUGGAGUACCUAGUACCCCAAAUUCAGCAACAGACAUUGAAACUAACAGUAUGUUGAACGACUCUAGUUCAGAUGAUGAACUUAAUGACUUAGAUGGAGAAAAUCACCUAAACUCCAUGGACCUUCAGUCAUCAGCUUUGUCUGGAGAGCUUUUUAUGGGAUGUGAAGAUGACAAGUUGCUUGAAACGAAGGGUAUCCCGUUCAGGAGAUUUAUGAACAGAUUCCAGUGCCCAUUUUGCUCUUUUCUCACAAUGCACCGUCGCAGUAUCUCUCGGCACAUAGAAAAUAUUCACUUGUCUGGAAAGACACCUGUAUACAAAUGUGAAGAAUGCCCUUUCACUUGCAAAAGUUCAAUAAAGCUUGGUCUUCACAAGCAGUGCCACACAAACAUGUCAUCCGAAUGGGAAGCAAUCAGUUCCCAGAAUGAAAGCCUGUCUUCCAUGAAUGACAGUGUGCAGUCAUAUGAUUUGGGAAGCAUGAACUCUGCAAUGAACUCUGCAUUGAAUGGCAGAAAGUCAGGGGUUAUAACAGAUUCUCUUCCACAUCCUUAUAGAUGCACCAUGUGUAACUAUUCUACAACCACACUAAAAGGUCUUAGAGUACAUCAACAACACAAACACUCAUUUUGUGAUAACAUGCCAAGCUUUGAGAACCUUGCAAAUACCUCACAGGAUGACUCCGAAUCCCAAUCAUCUUUAAGCAGUGUGCAGAAAACUCAGACAUCAAUUCUGGGGUUGUCUUCAAAAAAUAACUUUUUGCCAAAGCCUGUUAGGAAGGUAUCCAGUGAUUUCCCACUAGAUUUGUCUCCAGUGAAAAAGAGAACAAGGAUCGAUGAAAUAGCCAGCAAUCUUCAGAGUAAAAUCAACCAAAACAAACAGCAAGAAGAUUCCAUAAUUAAUGUUGAAGAUGUGGAAGAUGAAGACGAAGAUGAAGCAGAGGUUGAAGUGGAGUUGGAUAAAGAAGACCGUGCAGAACAUAUAGUGGAGGUUCCAAAUCGAGCUUUUCCUGUACAGCAGAUGUGGGUAAGAGAGAAAGAAAGGGACACUUCUACUACACAGCAGCCUCAAGGAAGUUACCGUGGUAUUUCUAAUGAAUUUAAUGCAAACAAUGGAGCAGAGAUUGAGCUCACGUUAUCGGAUGAUGAAGAGGAGUAUUAUAAUGCGGCGAGUAGCUCAAAAGAACCCCUUGGGUUUGGAAUGCAGACUGAGAACAGCCAGUCUGGAAGCAGCUCAAAAGAACUCCUUGGGUUUGGAAUGCAGACUGAGAACAGCCCGUCUGGCAUGUAUGGAACAAAUCAAGAUGCUGAUGGCUCAGAUUUUGGAGAAGAACUGGGAAGGCUUUACUAUUGCAAGCACUGUGAUUUCAGUAACAAAUCUGCUAGAAGUGUAAGCACUCACUAUCAGAGAAUGCAUCCUUAUAUCAAAUUUAGCUUUAGGUACAUAUUGGAUCCCAAUGACCACAGUGCAGUAUAUAGAUGCCUUGAAUGCUAUGUUGAUUACACAUUAUUUGAAGACUUGCAGCAACACUAUUCAGAACAUCAUCCAGAAGCUAUGAAUGUACUGAAUUUCAAUCAACCAGACCUCGUGUAUAGAUGCCGCUUUUGUUCCUACACUAGCCCAAAUGUUCGAAGUCUGAUGCCACAUUACCAAAGAAUGCAUCCAACUGUGAAAAUCAACAAUGCAAUGAUAUUUUCAAGUUAUACUGUUGAACAGCCUCACGGUAUAAAUUCUGAAUCACAGACGUUGAGAGAAAUCUUAAAUUCUGCACCUAAGAAUCUUGGAACAGUAGCACCUGCACCAGCUCGUUCUGCUGAACCUUCUAGCCCUCAUAACAGAAAUACUCCUAAGAAUGUAAGCAGCCCUGAACCAGAGUCGCAAAAGGAAUCAUCAGUUAAAAAUGUUGUAGUCUAUGAUUGUGAUGUCUGUAAAUUUGCAAGCCCUAACAUGCAUUCAGUUUUGGUGCACUAUCAAAAGAAACAUCCAGAACAGAAAGCAUCUUAUUUUAGGAUUCAGAAGACCAUGCGGGUGGUCUCACUGGACAGCUCUAUUAAUCCUCAGAUCUUCUUUGAAGACAAUACUCCAUCUCCUCCUCCUGCACCAGCACCUCCCCCAGCACCUGCUCCAGCACAAGACCAAGACCAAAAUUAUGAGCUUUAUUAUUGCAAACACUGUGUUUACAGUAAUCGUUCAGUUGUUGGAGUACUUGUACAUUAUCAGAAAAGGCACCCAGAAAUAAAAGUCACGGCAAAGUAUGUUAGGCAAGCACCUCCUACUCCGGCUCUUUUGAAACAGCUGGAAGAAAUGCAGAUUGCACAACCAAGACAGAUGUCUGCCCAAGGCUCAGAAAGAGGUGAUAAUCAAGAAAGUGAAAUGUUCUUUUGCAUGCACUGUGAUUAUGGCAAUCAGACUGUUAAAGGCGUCCUCAUUCAUUAUCAGAAAAAACACCGUGAUGUUAAAGCAACAUCGGAUAUGGUUCGGCAUCACACUGCUACUGUAAGGAGCAUGUGUGACCGUGGACUAAAAAGACAAAUGGGUCGAAUAGCGUCUCCAGCUUCAAAAAAUGAUCAUAACAAACCAAAAUUAAGAGCAUUAAGGUGCAGGCAGUGUUCUUAUACAUCACCAUAUAUUUAUGCACUUAGAAAACAUACUAAAAAAGAUCAUCCAGAGUUGAAAGCUACAGUAACAUCCAUUUUACGAUGGGCCUUUCUAGAUGGAAAAAUAGAGGCUGGCUACCACUGUGAAUGGUGCAUUUAUUCGCAUCCUGAACCUAAUGGCCUUCUAAUGCAUUACCAGAGACGACAUCCAGAACAUUAUGUUGACUUCACUUAUAUGGCCACCAAACUCUGGGCUGGUCCAGAUCCUUCUACAGGCACAUCAGAUACCAAAAACUACAAAUGUAGGGACUGCACUUUUGAGGCUUCUUCUAUCUGGGAUAUUACGAACCACUAUCAAGCUAUGCAUCCUUGGGUUAUAAGCAGAGAUGAAUCUGUGCUGCUUGAAAUUAUCAAGGGGAAGGAUGCUGCUGAAAAAGCCAGUGCAACAGUUGAAGAAGCAUGCGCUCAGGUGUCCGAAGAGAGAAAAGAGGAAACUAUUACUGAAAAAGUAGAAGUUGAAGAAGUAGUAAUAGGUGAAGCAGGUGCAGGGAUAGAGGAGGAAGAGGAGGAAGUUGACAUUUCAGACCAUCUUCAAGAAAAAUCCCAGCAGCUGCCUUCUGUUAACUCUUUAAUGUCCUCAUCUGCUUACCAGUGCACUGUUUGCCAAUCUGAGUACAACAACUUGCAUGGGCUGCUAACUCAUUAUGGGAAAAAACAUCCAGGUAUGAAGGUUAAAGCUGCAGAUUUUGCCCAGGAUAUAGACAUUAACCCAGGUGCAGUGUACAAAUGCAGGCACUGUCCGUAUAUUAACACUCGGAUACAUGGUGUUCUGACUCACUACCAGAAAAGACACCCAGCUAUAAAGGUCACUGCAGAAGAUUUUGUGCAUGAUAUUGAGCCAUCUUUGGAGGGACAUCUCAAUGAGAUAGAAGAAAAUAACAAAAUUUCGAAGCAAGGAUAUGGUGCUUAUCGGUGCAAAUUAUGCCCGUACACUCAUGGUACUCUUGAGAAACUGAAAAUUCAUUAUGAAAAAUACCACGGUCAGCCUGACAUAAAUAUGUUUGCACAGUCUCCAGUGAAGGCUACAAUGACUGAAGAAUCUGAAAGUAUUCCAGAAAGCAAACCACCUACAAUUUUAGAAGUAGAAUCAAUUGGAAGAAUGAUGCCACCAAUUUCACGUUUUUCAAGGGGAUCACACACAGUAUUCAGAUGCCAGCUCUGCAAGUAUUUCUGUUCCACAAGAAAGGGUAUUGCAAGGCAUUAUCGUAUUAAACACAACAAUGUUAGAGCACAGCCAGAAGACCAGACUAAUUUAUUCAAAUGCGCUUUGUGUACGUACACAAAUCCCAUCCGCAAAGGUCUGGCAGCUCAUUACCAGAAAAGACACGAUCUUGAUGCUUACUACACUCAUUGCUUAGCAGCAUCCAAAACAGUAAGUGAGAAGUCAAAUAAACUAAUCAUCUCUUCUGUAACACAGGAUAGUUCUCCAGAACUAAGUGAGGAGCUCAGGAGAGCAGUGGAAAGGAAAAAAUGCUCUCUGUGUUCAUUCCAGUCAUUCAAUAAAAAAGGCAUUAUAGCUCAUUACAUGAGGCGCCAUCCUGGAGUGUUUCCCAAAAAGCAACAAGCAAGUAAACUUGAAGGGUACUUCACUAUUGUCUAUUCUGAGGAAGUUGAAAAUGAAAGCUUUUCCUGUGGGAAGUCAACGGUGGAGGAAGACAAAGAGGUGGAGUUGCUUCCUUACAGGUGCAUCAAGUGUUUCAAGCUUUCCUUUAGUACCCCAGAACUCCUUUGCAUGCAUUACACUGACCACCACAGUAAGGACCUGAAACGAGAUUUCAUUGUUGUGAAUAACACUACUCGGUCCCAUGUAUAUUCUUAUCAGUGUAAGCACUGUGACAUGAAACUUCAGUCCCUGGAAGAGUUGACUUCCCAUUUAACUGACCACAAUGAGGAAUUUCAAAAAAGGGCAAAACGCCAAGAAAGAAGAAAACAGCUCCUGAACAAACAGAGAGCGCUGGAUAGUGCAACCUCUGAGUUUAGAAUGGAAAGGGCCAUUGGCCAUUAUGAUGAUGGAUUCAGAAGGGAUAAAAGAAUUGUGGGUUACAAGUGUAAGUUCUGUGUCGAAGUUCAUCCAACACUUCGUGCGAUCUGUAACCACCUUCGGAAACAUCUCAAGUAUGGAGAAGUUCCUCCUCAGGCUCCAUCAGAAAAGGAGGAAGAAGUGUUGAGAACCACAGAGAAGACAGCUUCUGAAAAGGAAGGAGAUGCCACUCAAGAUUCCAUCUGUGCAGCAGGAGAUGAUGAAAUAGGAAUGGAUGGAGAGGAGUUUGCUGCAGAAAAUGAAGUCCGACAAGGCGGCUAUCCCUGUACCCAGUGUGGUCGGGUUCUGAUGUCAAUGCAAGGGCUGCGCUCCCAUGAGAGAAGUCACUUGGCCGUAGCAAUGUUUGCUCGCGAAGACAAGUACAACUGCCAGUUUUGCCCAUUUGUCUCUGCAUUUAGACACAAUUUGGAUCGUCACAUGCAGACUCAUCAUGGGCAUCAUAAACCUUUCCGCUGCAAACUGUGCCCCUUUAAAUCUUCAUACAAUAGCAGGUUGAAAAGCCACACUCUUAAGGCUCAUAUAGGUGAACAUACCUACAAAUGCUCGUCCUGUUCAUUUUCCUCCAUGACCAUCAGCCAGUUAAAAGUACAUUCCUUGAAGGUCCAUAGGAAAGCACUAAUCCUACCAAAGCCUCGUAUGAUCGGUCCUGCUUCCAUGGAUGUUAAUAAGUUGUCAGGAGCCCAGGAACCUGCCAUUGAAGGUGAAGAAUCUGACGUGUCUUCAUAUUCAGAACCUGCGGAUGUUCAGCAACAGCUCAAUCAUUACCAGUCAGCAGCCUUGGCUAAGAGUAAUAACAGUUCUAGCCCUACCUCAUUGCCAUCCUCUGUGGUUAUACCUGAGCAAAAAGUGGAGGGUGCGCUCAGCUGUGAGUUCUGUGAAUUUACAUCUGGCUACAUCCAGAGCAUCAGACGACACUACCGAGAUAAGCAUGGAGGGAAGAAACUGUAUAAGUGCAAGGACUGUUCUUUCUACACUUGUUUCAAAUCAACAUUCACUAUGCACGUAGAAGCUGGUCAUAGAAUUAAACAAGAAGAAGGCUCCAAAGACCUCCGCUGUCCUCUUUGCCUUUAUCACACCAAAUACAAGCGCAAUAUGAUUGACCACAUAAUUUUGCACAGAGAAGAGAGAAUAGUUCCCAUUGAAGUCUGCCGUUCAAAACUGUCAAAGCACUUACAGGGGAUUGUGUUUCGCUGUGACAAAUGUACCUUCACCUGCUCCAGCGAUGAGACUUUACAACAGCAUAUCGAAAAGCAUAAUGAACUGAAGCCGUACAAAUGUCAGCUGUGUUACUAUGAGACCAAGGAAAAAGAUGAGUUAGAAGGUCACCUGUGUGAUGAACACAAGGUGUCCAGAAACUUUGAACUGGUGGGCUGUAUAAACUUAGACCAGCUAGAGCAGAUGAAAGUCAAGGCAGAAGCUUCAAGCAGUGGAGAUGAUGAAGAGAGUGAAGAAGAGGAGGAAAACUAUGAAAAGGAUGAAGAAAAGGAUGGGGGGCUGAAAGAGGAGAGUAGAGUUAGAGGCUCUGUGGCAUCUUCUGACAGUGAAAUUCCACUACAGGAGGAGAACAGAUACCCAUGCGAGUUCUGCGGCCGUGUGUUUUUGCACAGUUUGGAUUGGGAGCGACAUGUACUGCGACAUGGCAUGCCCUUGAAUAUCAAACCAGAGAACAAAGACGGCAGGCAGGUGACUGAAAAUACUGUAAUGAAUGGGCCGCAGUUGUCAGUACCACCAGCACCGGCAUCACCAUCACCACCUCCAGCUCCAGCUCCAGUUCUAGCUCCAGCUCCAGUUCCAGCUCCAGCUCCAGUUCCAGUUCCAGUUCCAGUUCUAGCUCCAGCUCCAGCAUUAGCAUCAGCACCAGCAUCACCAACGCCAUCAUUAACGCCACCAAUAAUGGAGAAUGAAGAGGUGGCUGCUGGUCUUGAGUUCGAUACUGUAAUUCAGGAAGAAAGCACCACCACUACCACCAGAGACAAUUCAGAUGAACCUCUGGAUAACUAGAUCAAGACCAAAAUAAACAGAAACAGCCAAGCAAACAAAAUCAGCAAAGUGUAGUUUUUUUAUUUUUUUUUAAAUUAACGUACUUGAACUGUGUCAAAAGCUGCUCAUGACAACAAGUGAAGCUAAUCUCCAAGAACUGGUACAUGGUAGAACAAUUGCUUUUUGUGUAAUAACUUUACUAAAUAAGAAGCUGAACUAAAGCCAUGCCACAUUUUUCUCUUUUGUGGAGAGAUGACUGCUUGGGAACCAGCCAAAUGACUCGGAACAUUGUGUGAAUUACAGUGACUUGGGUUGGGGGGAUGAGUGAAGAGGGUGUUUGGAAUUGACACCGUGGUACCAUUUGGCACAUUGCUGCUUCCUGAUAUGCUGAAGACUUAAAAAUCAGCUAGCACGACUUUUCUACUGUUAGGUCACCCCUGUUUCUAGUGGAACCAGUGAAAGUAUUCCAUUGUUUUCUUCAGUUCUUCCUGGGCAGUGUCCAGCAACUGGUCAGCCCAUGGGAGAAAAGUGGGACAGGGUAUGUAUAUUAUAUAUAAAUGUUUGUUAAACAAAGUGUUACCUUACUGCAGAUCUUCAACCUUUUUUAAAAAAAUCUCCUAAAAUACUGUGAUUGUUUUUAACUGUUCUUAUCUUAUUGAGGGGAAGUUAACUACUAGGAAACUAUAUGUGAGUUGUCAGACUUGCUCCAGAUAAGCUGUUUAUUAGUGUUUAACUAUAAUUUAGACCAGUAGCAUCAGGAAACAAGACCUGUAUUCUCCAGGUGAUUGUGCUAUUUCUUUCAUUAAGAGGGCAGAAGGGGCCUUCUGUUAAGACCAAUGCAUUAUAUGCUAAUAACACAGCACCAAAAGUUUUUCAUUUAGACCAGCUACUAAAACAUUAAUUUUGAACUUUAUUUUGUCUAGAAACAAGCUGUUUUAAAUUACAUUGCUAUAUGAAUUUCAUUUGCAUUGUAUUUUGUUUUUGUUAAGUUAACUUAAAAAAAAACUUCAGGCACAUGUCAUAGGGGAUUGCUGUGUUGUAGAGUAAUCAACUAGCUGUUCCCUUUGGCUAUUACAUUGCUUUUCAGAAGUACUUCUCAUCAGCUACACAGAUAAUGCAUUUUUGUUGUACUUCCAUUAGGUUUGAGGUGGUCGACUUCAGAUCAAAGCUAGGGUACAUAACCGCAGCUAGCUGGUCUGGUGGCAGAGAGCACAUUACUGUGGAACUGAUAUGAGUACCCACCUGGAAGGCACGCUUCUUACUUUUGAACUGAUUUUUGUUUCAUGUUGAAAACAGAAAUGGUCUGAGAAAUGUCCAUUAGUACUUAUGGAUAUUUUUUGUCUAAAAUGCUCAUUGUGUAUUUAGCUUCACCUUCAGGUACCUUAAAUGGCCUACCAUUGGGAUGGGGUAAUUUGUAAUGUCUACCAAAAAAGGUUUUGACAUGCUUUUAUCACUACUUUAUUUUUCCAAUAAUCUGUAAAUAUUGUAAUCCAUUGGAUUUUGUUUUGCUAACCCUGUUAAUAAAAUUACAGGACCCACAAUCCUUUUAA